CAGCCAUCCUCUGCCUCUCUCGUAGAACAUACCCGCUGCUGGGGAGAAGUACGGACUGGUCCUUCUCCCUGAAGUCCUCUCAGCCACUGGAGAGAUGACAGGAUGGCUGGGCCGACUCCAUCAUGCUGUGGGGGAUCUGGGCCGACUGCCCAGCAUCCCUGGGGUAUCCAGGUAGUGACUGUAGUCUCAUCCACUUUGACUUUAUGGACAUCCCCCAGUGUUUGCAAAGUAAGGCUGACAUCCUCUUGUCCCAAUGCCAGACCCUUUUCUGGGGUUGUGUCAGUGGAGACCGAAGCCCCAUCCAUGGACAUCAGCUCAAGCUGGCGUUGUGAGGUGCCGAUUGCAUCCUCUUCCUGUAGCUCCUGCGGUGCUGAUUGUUGUGGUCAGAGGUCAACCACGCCAUGCCCUGAUGUCAGCUCUUCUUCUGGAGGCGUGCUGGCUGGUUCCUUCUCAGCAGAAAAGUCAAUCAAAUUCCCAGUCUCUGGAACUGGUGUCUGAGGAUAGGGGUUCACCAUCUCCUGUCCGUGGAACUCAGAAGAUGUUAUCAGUGCUGGGCAGAGUUCAGUAAUGUUUGGCCCUGUUGCCAGCUCUUCUGCUGGAGGCUUACCAGUCUCUGGAAUGUCCACUGCCGAUUCUUGGGCAUGCUGCCGAACAUGUUUUAGCAGUCGCCUAUAUGCCCUUUCCAGAUGCAGUUCCUUCUUCAGCAGGUAUUCCAGAUCUGGUUCAAGCUCUGAGACCCCUGUGAGACCCGAACAU